AUGGCGCGGCUCUGGGGGCUCCUGGUGCUCAGCUUGUCCUGUCUGCAAAGCCCCUGCUCCAUGUUCUCCCCUGUGAGCACUGCGGAUCUCCCGAGCCAUCAGCCAAUGAGCGAGCAGGCCCAGCAGAAGCUGCCUCCUCCACUUGCCCUCCUCAAGCUGGGCAACCAGGAUCUUGGUGGCCACGCUACCCUGGAGAGGUCCCCGGGAGACUGCAAGAGUCCCCCAACUGCAGAGGAGACUCGCAGGCUGUCUCAGGCCAUGAUGGCUUUUACUGCUGACCUGUUCUCCUUGGUGGCCCAAACAUCCACCAGCUCCAACCUUGUCCUGUCACCGCUGAGUGUGGCCCUGGCACUCUCUCACUUGGCACUAGGUGCUCGGAACCAAACGCUGCAGAGCUUGCACCGAGUGCUGCACGUGAACACAGGAUCCUGCCUUCCCCAUCUGCUGAACCAUCUCUGCCGGAACCUAAGCCCCGGGACAAUCCGACUGGCUGCCAGAAUAUACCUGCAGAAGGGGUUUCCCAUCAAAGAGGAUUUCCUGGAGCAGUCGGAACGGCUCUUUGGUGCAAAGCCUGUGAAACUGGCUGGAAAGCAGGAGGAAGACCUGGCGAACAUCAACCACUGGGUGAAGGAGGCCACGGAGGGGAAGAUUGAGGAUUUCCUCUCUGAGCUUCCAGAUAACACCGUGUUGCUUCUCCUCAAUGCCAUCCACUUCCACGGUUUCUGGAGGACCCAAUUUGACCCAAGCCUCACCCAGAAAGACUCCUUCCACCUGGACGAGCAGUUCACAGUGCCCGUGGACAUGAUGCAGGCACAGUCGUACCCUCUGCGCUGGUUCCUGCUGGAGCAACCUGAGAUACAGGUGGCUCAUUUCCCCUUUAAGAACAACAUGAGCUUUGUGGUCAUGAUGCCCACUCAUUUUGAAUGGAACGUGUCUCAGGUACUGGCCAACCUGAGCUUGGACACUUUGUAUCAUCCCUCACUGCGGGAGAAGCCCACCAAGGUGUGGCUGCCGAAACUCCAUUUGAAGCAGCAGCUGGACCUGGUCCCCACCCUCGGCCAGCUGGGCCUGCAGGAAUUGUUCCAGGGCCCAGACCUGCGCGGGAUCUCUGACCAGAGUCUGGUGGUGUCUAGCGUACAGCAUCAGUCUACCAUGGAACUCAGUGAGGCUGGCGUGGAGGCAGCUGCAGCCACCAGCACAGCCAUGAACCGAAUGUCCAUCUCCUCCUUUGCUGUCAACCGACCCUUCCUCUUCUUCAUCAUGGAGGACGCCUUAGGCAUGCCCCUCUUUGUGGGCAGCGUGAGGAACCCCAACCCCAGUGCACAGCCCCAGCCCCAGGAACAGCAAGAUUCCCCCGACAACCGGGUCUUCCGGCACGAAAAAGCUGACUUUGCCGAAGACAAGACCUUUGGUCCUGAUUUGAAACUUGCACCCCCCGUGGAUGACGAUUACCCCCAGUUUAGCACCCCCAAGUGA